GCUCCCGGCCUCGGCCUCGGCUCUCCGCUGCCGCUUCCUCGCCUGUCCCCCGCGCUCGCUCACAUCGGCGGCCGGCCUUUCCUCCUCCUCCCCCCCCACCUCGGGGGUAUUCUCACAGGGAGGAGCCGGAGCCCCCGCCGCCAGCCGCAGCAUCAGCCGGGGGAGGGGAGUGGGAGCUACCACCGCCCUGCAGACCCGGGGCCUGGCCUCGGCCUUCGCACCGGCCACAGCCAAGGGAGGGGGAACGGGAGCGGAAACUAACGCCUCUCACCCCUGACCCCUCACCCUGGAGACGGCCACUUCCGGCUGGGCGCUGCUAAUGGCGAUGUGUGAGUGGGGCCUAGUUGUGAGGAAGGCUCACCGGACCCGAAACCUUCACUCCCACUUCUUUCCCCUUCUUUACAGACGCUGCUGAGUUUCCCCAGCGUUUCUUGGCUCUGGGGUCUAUCCUGCUUAAUCCGCCCUCCGUCUCCCACCAGAGAAAAGAGAAAGUGAACACUUAAGAGGUAACACAUGUUGGCAUUUGCAGCAUGAUUGAAAACCCACACAGUGAAGUACUGCAACAGAGAAAAGAUAUCUAACUUAACAGUAGCAUAAUCUGGGACUGACGAGGACAGAACAUUAUAUUAAUGCAAUUUUCUACCACACUAAUGUUGAUCUCAGGCAACUUUCCCUUGGAGCUGUCUGAACAUUAACCAUCACAGUCUGAACUACCAGAUAUGGCACACAUCACGCUAAAUCAGUAUUUACAGCAGGUUCUAGAAUUCAUUGACAGUCGAGAUGGUGAUUCCUGUGCUGAAUUUCUGUCAUUUAAACAUCCUCAUGUUGCGAACCGUAGGUUACAGUUAGCAAAUCCAGAGGAGCGAUGCCAGCAGAUCCUGGAACCUCCUUAUGAUGAAAUGGUGGCAGCCCAUUUACGAUGUGCCUUUGCUGUUGCAAACCAUGAUUUUGUGGAAGCGUAUAAAUAUCAAACAUUCGUGGUUCAAUCGUUCUUGAGGGCAUUCCAAGCUCACAAGGAGGAGAACUGGGCUCUACCAAUUAUGUAUGCAGUAGCUCUGGACCUGCGGAUCUUUGCAAAUAAUGCUGACCAACAACUAGGAAAGAAAGGAAAGGGCAAAGUGGGUGAUAUGCUGGAGAAAGCUGCAGAACUGCUGAUGAGUUGUUUCCGAGUCUGUGCCAGUGACAACCGAGCUGGAAUCGAUGACUCAAAGAAGUGGGGAAUGCUGUUUCUCAUCAAUCAGCUGUUCAAGAUAUAUUUUAAGAUCAAUAAACUCCACCUAUGUAAACCUUUAAUCAGAGCGAUUGACAGCUCCAGUUUAAAGGAUGAAUACAGCAUGGCACAAAGGGUGACAUACAAAUACUAUGUUGGGAGGAAGGCCAUGUUUGACAGUGAUUUUAAGCAAGCUGAAGAAUAUUUAUCAUUUGCAUUUCAGCAUUGCCACAGGUCCAGCCAGAAAAACAAACGCAUGAUUUUGAUUUACCUGUUACCUGUGAAGAUGCUUCUUGGCCACAUGCCAACAAUCCAGUUGUUACGAAAAUAUGACCUUUUGCAGUUUUCUGAUGUUACCAAGGCUGUUAGUGAAGGGAACCUUCUGCUACUGAAUGAUGCUUUAGCAAAACAUGAAGCCUUCUUCAUUCGCUGUGGAAUCUUUCUCAUACUUGAGAAACUGAAAAUCAUCACGUACAGAAAUCUUUUUAAGAAAGUGUAUUUGCUGCUCAGGACACAUCAGCUACCACUUGAUGCUUUUCUGGUUGCUCUUAAUUUCAUGCAAGUCGAGGAUGUUGACAUCGAUGAAGUCCAAUGUAUUUUGGCAAACCUAAUCUAUAUGGGACACAUCAAGGGUUAUAUCUCUCAUCAGCAUCAGAAGCUUGUUGUCAGUAAACAGAACCCUUUCCCACCACUAUCCUCUGUGUCUUAACAAAUUAAGGUUGGAAAUUCAUAUAUUGCUCCCCCACAUUUAUCCUGGGACACACAUCCGGUGUUGGUUGAUGGCUUCAUAGCUAAGGAUGAUGUGACUUGCGUCCCAGUGAGUAUUUACUGUGAUCAGUUUGAAGCAUUUCCUCUGUCAUUGUCCCAGUAUCAUUCUGUAUUUCCCAUUAAAGAUUUAAAUGUAAUGCAAGGGAUAUUUUGUUAACUUAAACUUGUUAAAUGACAAUGAUGUUGUAAUUAAUACAAGCUAUUCUUUUUAUUGAAGUACACUGUUUGCAUAUCUUUGCUGGAGAAACCCAAGAAUUUAGAUUGUGUUGGCACAAUAUUAAUCAUUUGUACCACAACUGUACUAAUAUACUUCAAAAUGGAAUGCAUGCAAAACCCACGAUUGAAAUGCUAAGUCACUUUUCCCGCAAACAUUCCACCUCCUGUCUGUGCUAGGAGCAACAUUCAAGAUGCUUGAGAAGAUCCAGGACAAAGCAAUCUGCUCGAGCAGCCCCCAGUCCAAUACCUUAAGCAAUCACUCCUCUACCACUAGCACACAGUGGCAAAAAUCUCUAUUAGCUACAAGAUGGAUUCCCCCAAAUUGCCAAGCAUUCUACAACAGCAGUAGCACCGUGACCUCUAUAACCUUGAAGAAUAAAAGCGGCAAAUACAGGAGAAAACCACUGCUUGCAAGUUCCCCUCCACAUCACAUAACAUGCUGACUUGGAACUACAUCACUGUUCCUUCUACAUUACUGGAUCAGAAAUCCCUAACACAACAUGGAGCGCAGUAGUUAAGGCCUGACUGCCAGUUGCUUAUAAGCAACAAGUAUCAAGAGUUCUGCCAAUUGCCUGUGAAUGAAUUAAAAAAAUGUUUCUGAUGCAACCUCA